AUGCCAGUCGGUGAGCAAAUUGUGGAAGACCUGAAACGACAACAGCAGUCGCUCAAGACGAGGGCAGCGAAUUUGAGAAGAGAGGCCAUUGAUGCAUCUCUCUCACCGGACUUGCCAAGGUCAACAAUGAAGGCCACAGACAACGGUGCAAGCUCGUGGCUUAACGCCGUACCCUUUGAGGAGCAGGGCCUGACAUUGAAUAAGAAACAAUUCAGGGACUCGCUACGCUUGCGUUACAAUCUGCAACUAGCAGACUUGCCGAGCCAUUGCGCGUGUCGAGAUUGGAGAUCGAUUCACAGUCAGGCACGCCCUGUCGUGUACGAAGGGGGGUUUUGUUGCACAAAGACACGAUGGCAUCCGAAACCUUCUCACGUCUCUGCUCAGCCAAGUCUGCAAGAAUGUCGAGGUAGAGCCCCACCUCCAGAUCCAGAUCUCCAGUCACAAGCCUUAAGGCUAGGCGUGAGGCUAGACUAG